AUCGUUCAACACGUUAUGUAUAUUAUAUAUAGGACGGCAAACGAAUCACUCUUCGAUAAUCACAACAAUUUAAGAGAGAGAGAGAAAAGCAGAAAUUGGAUUGAGAGAUGGGAGAGAUAAAAGGUGCUCCGAAAUUGAGAUUGCUGUGCCUCCAUGGAUUCCGCACCAGCGCCGAAAUCAUCAGGAAACAACUCACCGCAAAAUGGCCUGAAUCUGUGCUCGAUAAAUUGGAUCUUGUUUUCGCCGACGCCCCUUUUCCUUGCCAAGGAAAAUCCGAUGUUGAAGGAAUUUUCGAUCCUCCUUAUUAUGAGUGGUUCCAAUUCAAUAAGGAAUUUACGGAAUAUGUGAACUUUGAUGAGUGUCUUGCAUACAUAGAAGAUUACAUGAUCAAGCAUGGCCCAUUUGAUGGACUUCUGGGUUUUUCACAGGGCGCGAUUCUAUCGGCUGCAUUGGCCGGAAUGCAAGCGAAUGGUGUGGCUCUCACGAGAGUGCCCAAGAUUAAACUCGUGGUGAUAAUAGCAGGCGCGAAGUUUAGACAUCCAUCUGUGAUAGAAAAAGCUUAUUCUACACCAAUUCGAUGUUGGUCUGUUCACUUCAUAGGGGACCAAGACUUCUUGAAGGAGUACGGGACCGAGCUACUCGACUCGUUCGUUGAUCCCGUGGUGAUUCGUCAUCCCAAGGGCCAUACCAUACCGAGAUUCGAUGAGGAAGGUUUGAAGAGCAUGCUAAGUUUUCUUGAGAGGAUGCGGAAGGAAGUUAUUGAAGAAAAACAAGAAAUUAUUUUACAAAAUGAAGGUGUUGAAGAGUGUUUAAUAUGAGAGCCAUAGCCUAUUUAAACUAGUUAUUUAGUACAAUUAUUAUUAUCCCUUUAAGGCAAUAACACACAUAUUUCAAAUUUUAAAAUAAGUAAUUCUCAGCAGAAAUCACUAAAGCUGAAUUCAA